AUGAAAUAUUUAAUUCCAUUUUAUUUUAUACUAUUGAUAUCAUUCGUUAUUAUUAUUAAUGUAAAUUUGGCAAAAAAACCAUCAAAAAAAACAACAAAAAAACCAACAAAAAAAACAACAAAAACAACAAGAGCAACAACAACAACAAAACCUAGAUAUGUAUGGAGAACAUUAAAUGCAAAUUUUUAUGGAACAACGGUAAAAAGAAUGGGAAUAGAAGCGGUAGCAUUUUUCAAUUGUAUACAUCCAACUAUGCCAAAAUUAAAUUAUAUAAGCGUUAAAUUAGGUGAAAAGCGUGGAAAAAGAAAGAAAGGAAACAAACAAAUUAAACUAGCAAUUAAAGUUUUAAGAUUUAGUGGUGGUAAUUCAUCAUUAGAGAAUCCUUUAUGUCAUUAUCUUUAUUCAUUAUUUAAUGUAACAGCAACUGGUAUAAAAUAUGUAAUUCAACAAAGACAAUAUAACUUAAAUGAUAGAUUUGCCUGUGCUAAUGAAAGCUUUAGUACAUUAGAUGCUAUAAAAAAACUUCAAUAA